AGAGCGCAGUAGCGAGAGCGUGCACGAGUGACACGGUCGCGUCCGUCCAGGCGCGGCGAUAUGUGCGUGUGCGGGCGUGUGUACGAAACGAUCAUGUGAAAAUCGCGGCGCGACAGCCGACGUUACACGUUACGAUAUACUUGGGGGAUCACGGGCGUGUCGUAAUCGAGCGUGGGUAAUCCCGUAGAUUCCGAUAAAGUCCCGACUGCACCUUCUUCCGUGCGCGUGAAUCGCACUGCUGCCUCUCUCUACGCCGUUAUUAACGUGUAUUCCUCGCACAUACAUACGCACUUCCCUACGUACGUGUAUUCGCAAUACGGACACACGUAGGCGAGUGCGCGAGAGACCGAUUCCCGAGUACGCGAAUGGGCGUACCGCGUUACCGCAAAAUACGUUUCGAUCGAGUGUAUCUAGUUGGUUGCCGGUACGAUAGUGUGCGCGACGUCCAGCAGAAACGGCGAUAACGGUGACAAGUGCGCCGCGAAAGGGACAGAGACAGAUAGAGUGACGGAGGGAAUGGAGAACGCCAUGCAGCCGCCGCUUCUACCACCACCCCCACCCCCACCCGCUUGUGACAUGCCACAGAGCAGCAACACGGAGCAGACGGUCACUCACGAGUUGACAUUCGUGUCAUUCAUCGCCCUAUAACAGAGACAGCGGCAGAGUAACAAGGUCGACUUAUGUCGAUCAUCAGACUAUCGUCUCCUGCUUCUUCUCUCUUGUGCCCCUCUUUCUCACCUUCAUUCGUGCUGACAUUGCACACGCCGCGACAGUAACGUAUGCGAUGAAUAUUGGCUCCCAUAUCAAAUGAAGAAAGAAGAAAACAUCGCGAAGAAUAAAGGAUCCCAGUGUAAUUGUUGCUUGAGAAACGCUGGAUCGGGAAAGAAUAUAGCAGAAAAGACUAUGAGAAUGAAGAAAGAAGAAAACAUCGCGAAGAACGAAGAAUCCCAGUGUAAUUGUUGUAUAAUGGACGUAGAAUUGGGAGAGGAUACAGUGGAAAAGGCUACGAGGGACGAAGAAUCCUGGACCGAUCAUUAUUGCGAGGAAGUUACGUACGAAGAAGACAUCGUGAUGAAAGAGGUUGAUUAUCACACGAUGGAUGAAAAACGGAACGUUGCACCGAGUGGAGAAUCUCAACUCGACUCGUGCACGUUGGUCGUAGAUGAAAAUGUUGCAAGAAACGAAAAGUCCGAGAACGCUAUAUUGAACGAGAAUGAAAAUCAGGAAACCGGCGAACUUAAUUUGUCCUCGAAGAAAAAGGAGAGCGGUUACUUUGAAGAUAAUCAUGAGAAGAUGGACAACAUCAUUGAGAAUUACACCAAGCAAUAUGGCGGUGAAAUUCUCAGUAUCGGAUGUAGUGUCAGCACCGAAAGUAACGAGUUGAUUAUUGAUGAGGAAACGGAUCUCUUAGAUCAGGAGAACAGCGAGCAACACUUCACUUCCUCCUGUUCGACCGAAACCAUGAAAAAUCUCAACGAUGAUUCCGAAAAAUCAGUCUUCGUCACAGACGAUCUCGACAUCAUGGAGACCAUCGAAAUUGGCGAAACUAACGAAGAUGAUUUAAUGCAAAUCCAAUAUGAAAAAUGGGAUCCACUCAGCAACACCAAGGAGGAGAUAUACAUAGAUCGAGUAAAUCUGACGGGUAGCGGAAGCCAAAAAGUCAAUAUGACACACUUCGACAUUCUGGCUCUUCUUGGCACUGGAGCUUAUGGCAAGGUCUUCCUGGUACGAAAGAGGGUGGGUGCAGAUGCUGGUCAACUUUAUGCCAUGAAGGUGCUGCAAAAGGCUUACAUCACACAGAAAAAGAAGACAACAGAACACACAAAGACCGAAAGACAAAUCCUGGAGGCCAUCCGAGACAGUCCCUUUUUAAUAACCCUAUAUUACGCGUUUCAAACUAAUGAAAAGCUCUGUUUAAUCUUAGAAUAUAUUGCUGGCGGUGAGAUGUUUACACAUCUGUUUUAUCACGAGCGCUUUUCGGAGGACGCAGUACGAUUUUAUGUCGGCGAGAUUAUUUUGGCGCUAGAACGUCUCCAUGACCUUGGCAUAAUCUAUCGAGACAUUAAGCUCGAAAAUAUAUUACUGGAUAAAGAAGGACAUCUCGUAUUGACAGAUUUUGGUCUCAGCAAAGAGUUCCUAUCACAUGAGAGAGACGGCAACGCGCGCACUUACUCAUUUUGCGGAACAAUCGAGUAUAUGGCGCCGGAAGUAGUACGAGGGGGCUCAACCGGGCAUGAUAUUGCUGUCGAUUGGUGGAGCGUAGGCGUAUUAACGUAUGAAUUAUUGACCGGCUCGUCGCCUUUCACGUUGAAUGGCGAAAAAACUCAGCAAGAAAUCUCGAGGAGGAUAUUGAGGAACGAUCCGCUGUCGCAACCGAGUUACCUGAGUGAUGAAGUAUGGGAUUUCAUUACUCGUUUACUCGUCAAAGAUCCACGAAGGAGACUGGGUGGUGGACCACGCGACGCCAAGGAUCUCAAGGAGCAUCCCUUUUUCAAUGCUGCGCCGGGUUUCACUUGGGAAGCUCUCGAAAACAAACGGAUCAAACCGCCCAUCGUUCCAAAAAUCGCGCAUGAAUUGGAUACCAGCAAUUUUUCGGACGAGUUUACAAAAACGGACAUCACCCUCGAUAGUCCAGCAAUCAUUGACAACAACAUUGAUAACAAUAGCGACAAGCAUUUCAGGGGUUAUUCGUACGUGGCACCUUCGAUACUAUUUAGCGACAACGCGAUAAGCAGAGAUAUCUUCGGCGACGUGCAACGACCUUCGCUAUCCACUCUGUACGCCAUACGUUUCGAGGAAUCCACGUUCUUUCAGACAUAUGAGUUAAACCUAAAGUCGCCGCCUUUGGGUGACGGUAGCUUCUCGAUUUGUCUACGAUGUCGACAUCGCAGUACUCGGCAGGAGUAUGCCGUGAAGAUCAUCAGCAGGAUGGUGGAUUCUCUUCGCGAGGAGAACUUGAUGCGCGCUUGCCAGCAUCACCCCAAUGUGGUGAAGCAGAUAGAGGUUCAUCACGAUCGGCUUCAUACAUACAUCGUGAUGGAAUUGCUCACGGGCGGAGAAUUAUCGCAACGACAGCGAGCGUUUUCCGAGUUACAAGCGAAGCAAAUAAUGCGCCAAUUGACAUCCGCGGUGCGAUAUAUGCACGAUUGCGGUAUAGUACAUCGUGAUUUGAAACCGGAGAACAUUGUUUUUGUAGAUAAAAGCGAAAAUUCGCCGGUGAAAAUAGUAGAUUUCGGCUUUGCUCGGAUAAAGAAUAGUUGCGACGAAUUGUUGCGCACGCCCUGUUGCACGCUUCCGUAUGCUGCCCCGGAGGUCAUAGCCAAGAAGGGAUACGACGAGAGUUGCGACAUGUGGUCCUUGGGCACUAUUCUGUAUUUCAUGUUGUCCCGCGAUCAGCCCUUUCGAGUAAACUCACCUGCCAUAGCGAAUCGCAUCAGAACUGGUACGAUCGACUUUGAUGGCGAGGCUUGGAGUCAUGUGUCCACUUCGGCGGUGCAAGUGAUGAAGGGUCUGUUGACAGUUGAGCCAAACAACAGACUCACCGCAAGAAAUUUGAAAUAUCACCCGUGGAUGACCAACGAUGGACCACUUCUCCCAGCGACGCCAAUCGUCGAUGUAAAUCACGUAGAUUACGCUAUGGCCAGCAAUUCAACAUCAAGCGCGACGGAGCGCGAGGGCUUCCGGUUGCGUGAGGUCGGCGAUGCCAAACUAGCUAAGCGUCGCAAGCAUAAAUGCUCUACUUCCAGCUCCUCGUCACGACCGUCCUCUUCCUCUUCGAGUCCUAUGUCAUCGAUUCAGUUGCGUCCACCGAGCACCAUGGUGAAUACCGCGAACAACACUUCCACCUCGUCACCGAGCGUCUUCGACUUCAGCGAGGAAGCAAUCGAGUACCUGACUUCUUCUUCCUCCGAUAAUUCUAAUUCUCCGAUAUCAUAUUCGCUUCUGCAAAAGCGAGCGAUGAAACAUGCCAAGCACAAUCUCGAGUCAUCGAGUCCACAGAAGAAGGGUCGACAUCGACACGAUGUCGAUAGCGAAAAUAGUAGCAGCAGUAGUAACGGACCAAUGACACGAUCGCGAAAACGUAAAUUAGAACAGAUGGUAAACACAAGCGGAGAUGCCAGUUCCGACAUUUCCGUGGAAUCGUACGAAUCACCCUCGCAGAUCACGCAGGACGAAACGAGCGUUCACAGGAAGCACAAGGCAAACAAGCGGCCGAAACGCCUUCCCACGAUUAUAGUCGAAUAGAGUUUUCCUAUUUACGCUCGGUCCAGUAAGUUAUUAUCUUGUUUCCUAUGCAUUUUACACGAUAUUUAACACGUUUGCCUUCGGCGUUCAUACAAGACGCAAACAUCGCAUCAUUCCUAUUCUCACGAAUUUUAGAAAAUAUAUGUAUAUAUAAAAUUAAUCACAUAGAACUACAGAACUACAUACCAUCUCUUAUCAUCUCUGAAUCUACAUUUAUCUAUGUAAAUGAUAAUAACACAAGCACAUUUUUCUGUGCAAUUAAAACAUUUGAUACAUUAGAGGAAUGUAGAACAAUACUGUAUUACUACGAUCAGGGUUUCGAUGUAUCGACGUUUUUCCGCGAGAGUUUACUCUAAAUAUGUACAAAAUUUUAUUUUUAUUACCGCUAUCGAGGGAAUGUGGCAAAUGGGUGCGAAAGGUAGUAGUAAGAAUUUUGUUAAACGGGGGGUUGUCUGUGAUUAUAAUGCGAGAUGGAUACGCAUUAAGUUAUUACAGCUUAUACGAUAAGUUAUUGUAACUUAUUAUACGCUUUCGUUAAAAUUUUCUUUUUGCAAUCGUCGCUUCUUGCAAUUGAUAAUUUUAAUGAAAUAACGGUGACGAUCAACGAACACGAAGAAAAUUUUAGCGAAUGCUUAUGAUAACGGUGAAAUAUACGAUAUGCGGUGAAUGUGCCUAAGAAAAUUUAUUUCGCUACAAGUACAUUAAAUCAAUGUACUAGAGAUUAGUGACACAUGAGAUAAUGUGGAAAUAAUUUAAGCAUCUGUUAUUUUCACCAGUGGUAACUUAAUGACGACAGCAAAGAAAAAACUGAAAAAUCGGACUUGCUUAAAAGAGAAUGAUAUAGUUUUUCUCUUGGAGAUAACCUAAUUGAAAAUAACAUAUUUAUAUCAUUUUUAAGACACAAUUUAUUUAAUAAUUAUUUUAAAGAUCUAUAUUAAAUAUAGAAGCCGUGCGCAGAAAAGAAAUUUAAAAAAAAAACUAUUCGGACGGACGGGCGAAUUUUCGGGGAAAUAACAGAUGUUUCUAUUAAUUUCGUAGUGAUAUAAUCAAAGUGCAAGAGAGUGGAUUGGAUUUUAUUGAGUAAAUUAUUAGAUUUG